GGAGCCUGGGAGGGGCUCCUUAAAGAAACGCUGCCGUCGCUUGGCAUUGUGGCCGGCGAGGAACUCGAGGGGGGGAAGCCAUCGGAGCUCCUCUCGCUAUCCUCUGCCCACCCCCCCACCCCACCCCCAGCCGGAAAAAAAAAAAGGAAAAGAACCCCCUUAAAAACCUCGGGGGGGGAUUCGGGGGGGGGGUUCCUAAGAACAUCUUAUAAACCGGAUUGCACUGAGAGGAAGAAAAACAAACAAAAAAAAAAAGCAAAAAAGAUACAAAAUAUACAAGCAAAAGGCAACAACUCCCCGGUCUCCAGCAGUCGCCCACCCUCCCUUCUCUCCUCUCCUGCUGGCCAUCUGCCUUGGGUUUUCCUUUGUGUCUGAUCUUUUACUACUGAGCCGAGUGCAGGAGGAGGGUGCAACACACACAGGGACUAUGCCCAGCUCGCUUUUUGCAGACAUGGAGAGGAACGGGAGCGGCGGCGGCGGCGGCGGCGGUGGUGGUGGCGGGGGAGAGACCCUGGAUGACCAAAGAGCCCUUCAGAUCGCCCUGGAUCAGCUCUCCCUGCUGGGGCUGGACAACGACGAGACGGGCUCCAUUUACGACAGCGAGCCUCGGAAAAAGAGCGUGAACAUGACUGAAUGCGUCCCGGUGCCCAGCUCGGAGCAUGUCGCGGAGAUAGUGGGGAGACAAGGUUGCAAAAUCAAAGCUCUGCGGGCAAAGACCAACACCUACAUCAAGACCCCGGUCCGCGGGGAGGAGCCGCUCUUUGUUGUGACGGGCAGAAAGGAAGAUGUGGCCAUGGCCCGCAGGGAGAUCAUCUCGGCGGCCGAGCACUUCUCCAUGAUCCGAGCCUCGCGGAACAAGAACACGGCCCUGAACGGCACCGUUCCCGGCCCCCCAAAUCUGCCUGGCCAAACCACCAUCCAGGUGCGGGUGCCUUAUCGCGUGGUGGGCUUGGUCGUGGGGCCCAAGGGGGCCACCAUCAAACGCAUCCAGCAGCAGACGCACACCUACAUCGUGACCCCGAGCCGGGACAAGGAGCCGGUCUUCGAGGUGACGGGCAUGCCCGAGAACGUGGACCGGGCCCGGGAGGAGAUCGAGGCGCACAUCGCCAUGCGCACCGGCGGCAUCAUCGAGCUGACGGACGAGAACGACUUCCACGCCAACGGCACAGACGUGGGCUUCGAGCUGAACGGCACGGGCAGCCUCUGGAGCAAGCCCACGCCGCCUAGCAUCACUCCCACCCCGGGCCGCAAACCCUUCUGCAACUACCGCAACGACAGCUCCAGCUCGCUGGGCAGCGCCUCCACCGACUCCUACUUCGGGGGCGGCACGGGGGGGGGCGGCGGCGCCCGCCUGGCCGACUACAGCCCCCCGAGCCCGGCGCUCAGCUUCACCCACAACGGCAACAACAACAACAACAGCGCCAACGGCUACGCGUACGGCGGCGGCGGCGAGGCCCUCUCCUCCCCGGACUGCUGCUCCGACCUGCCCUUCGACUCGCCGCCCGGCUUCGACCUGGCGCCCGCCCCGCCGCCGGGGGCCGCCCUCCUCUGGCCGCAGUUCGAGCGCGGCCCCGCCGCGCCGCCCGCGCCCGCCGCCGCCGCCUUCCCGGGCGCCGCGCCCGCCAAUGCCAACCUGGCGCUGCUGGUGAGCGGCCCCCGGCGCGGCGGCGCCCCGCCCCCGGCGCGGCUCUCCCCGCCCCUGCACGGCAGCGCGGCCGGGCCCGAGCACCCGCUGGCGCGGCGGGUGCGCAGCGACCCCGGCGGGCGGCUGCUGGCCGGCUCCUACCCGCUGUACGCCAACGGGCUGGGCGCGCACCUGCCCGGGCUGCCCUCCGACUCCUCGGCCUCCUCCUCCUCCUCCUCCAGCUCCUCGUCCAGCUCCUCCUGCUCCUCCUCCGGCGUGCGGCGGAAGGGCAGCCGCGACUGCUCGGUCUGCUUCGAGAGCGAGGUGAUCGCGGCGCUGGUGCCCUGCGGCCACAACCUCUUCUGCAUGGAGUGCGCCAACCGCAUCUGCGAGAAGACGGAGCCGCAGUGCCCCGUCUGCCAUAGCGCCGUCACCCAGGCCAUCCGCAUCUUCUCCUGAGGGCCGGGGCCGGGCCGGUGGCCCCGGGGCCAGCGCUGGC